CAGGAUUUUGUAUCCUUUCACUGGAUGCAUGGCCUGGGGUGCUUCAUUAUUGCCUGAAUAGCCAACUGGCAAAGAGAACCAGUGAAUUCUCAUCUUGAUCUGACUGCAAGCCAAGGAGGUGAUCAUGUCUCAGCUAGUUGUGGUGGUAAUGCUUGUGGCAUUGGCCUCACGCAUCAGCUCAGAGGAUGAGCAUCAGCAUCAGAGGAUCAGCUCAGAGGACGAGCUGAAGCCACCAACAGUGAUGAUCGUGAUGCUAGUGCGUAACAAGGAGCCUUACCUGCCGUACACUCUGACUCAGCUCAGUGAGCUUGACUAUCCAAAGGAGAGACUGGCUCUGUGGAUCCACAGUGACCACAACGAGGACCGCUCUGCUGAGCUGCUGGCUGCGUGGCUCGCUGAAUACCGGUCACUGUACAGGAGUGUUCACGCAGUGCUGAACACCACCUCACCGCCACUGCGACCUGACGAGAGCAGUGCCAUCGACAUGUCCGAGGGACGCUACAGAGACGUGAUUAAACUCAAGGAGGACGCGCUCGCCGCCGCGCGCCGCAUCUGGGCCGACUUCGUCUGGUUCCUGGAUGCCGAUGUCAUCCUCCACGAAGCCGCUGUGCUGCGUCAGCUAAUUGAGAUGCGGAAGCCGGUGGUAGCGCCGAUGUUACGCACGCACGGCGCUUACUCGAACUUCUGGGCAGGGAUGGACGACAACUUUUACUACCGUCGUACGGAGGAGUACGGACAGAUAUACGGCAGUAAGAAGCGCGGCUGCUUCUCCGUGCCGAUGGUCCACUCCUGCGUGCUGGUGAACCUGUUGUCGACCCGCUCUGACGGACUCACCUUUGUCCGUGAGAAGCUGCCGGCUCCCAUCGGGCCGACGUCCGACGAUGUCAUUACAUUCGCGCUGUCGGCUCGUCAAGCCGGCAUGGAGAUGCACGUGUGCAACCAGCGGGAUUUCGGCCAGAUGCCAAUCCCGCUCCGGUCGCCGGAGGUGCUCGGCAAGGAGUGGCUCAACAUCGUCAACAUCAAGCUGGAGAUGAUGGUGGACCACCCGCCUCCUCCAGUGGCCUCCGUGCUGCGUCCGUUCGUCCCCGAUCCCCCGGAGAAGACAAAACUCGGCUUCGAUCACAUCUACAUGAUCGGCCUGGCGCGGAGGCCGGAUCGGCGUCGCCGCAUGCUGCUCGCCUUUGAUGAGCUGGGGAUCGAUGCCGAGACCGUAGACGCCGUGGACGGCCGGCAGCUCAACGACAGCGCGCUGGCGGAGCUCGGCGUGGCCAUGUUGCGGGACUACCGGGAUCCGAUCAACGACCGCCGUCUGACGUUCGGCGAGAUCGGCUGCUUCUUGAGCCACCAUCGCGUCUGGAGUGACAUGGUAGAGCAUGGGCACGAACGUGUCAUCGUCUUUGAGGAUGACUUGCGGUUCGCGUCGUACUUUAAUUACCGACUGGAGAGACUGAUGGCAGAGGUGGACGCUCUGAACCUCGACUGGGACCUGAUCUAUCUCGGUAGAAAGAUCAUGCGUACGGACGAGGAGUGGGUAGCCGGUGCGCAGAGGCUCGUCCACCCGAGCUACACCUACUGGACACUCGCAUACGCGCUGACCCGGCGCGGCGCCGAGAAACUCCUCAAAGAGGAGCCGCUGGGUAAGAUGAUCGCCGUCGAUGAGUACCUCCCGAUCAUGUUUGGACAGCACCCUAACACCGGCUGGGCAGCCCAGUUCUCCGGCGCCGGGUCGCUGCUCGCCUACUCUGCUAGUCCGCUUCUGGUCACGCCCAUCAAGUACACGGGCGAACCGGGAUACGUGAGUGACACGGAGGACGCGGGUACCAUAGGGGCGGAGCUGGAGGGCACGUGUAGCGUGGAUGGGUGUCCGACGCCCGCCAACUAAACGUGGACGGCUGUGGACAGUGGGGGGAGGGUGACUCCGGAGCUGGGAUCCAGUUCAGUGCCUGUGAGAGGUACGGAGGAUAAAGCAGGAGUGACCAUUUCAGUAUAACAAAACGAGCUUAUUUGCAACUGUGGACGGUAGACUUAUGUUUGCUGUCUUCAUUGGGCUUCGUGUCUUUAAUAAGCCCAGACUAAGUCAUUUUAAAAUAGCAUUGCUUCCUAACCCACCAGUCAUGUUUAGUUAUCUAGGGGUAUUAAUUACUAACAGCCAGUAACUACUGUGUAUCGCUAGAUUUAGCGCUUCGUUCGACUUAUGAGCAGAUGUUUAUGUGCCAUCUUUUUCGUAUUGCAGGCGUCCUCCACGAGAAGUGUGGUAGCACUCACUCCCCACCGUGCUAGAUUUGUACCGUAACGUUAGAGGUAUUUUUAUACUGUCAAGUGCUACUGUUGCAAACUUGUACAACCUGCGUUAUCUGAGGCGGUCUGUUGAGGUGACAUAACAUGGAUCACGAGUCAUGACAUGACCAUUGUGCCAUACUUAGCGCUAAGAGACCAAAACAGGCAUCUCAUCUAUGAUCUACCUAAUCCUUAGUACUGCGCUAGCGUGCUGUUUGGUUAUAUACCAACAUUAGUGUUGCAUAUGAUUUAACGAAUUAAUCGAGCUAAUUGGGCUGUAGAUUGUAGAUAUCGAUGCUGUUGCAGUCACGUAUAAUGCCAUGCUGGAAAAAUAGGUCAGUAUUUUUGCACAUUGCAUACUCGGGGUUUUGCUGGAAGCAUGAAUAGACCGUUCGAAUGUCGAGCUUUUAUCUUUGUAUCCUGUAACGUUUUCGCUUUUAGUGCAAAUAUUGAUCAGUAUUGUAGCUUGAAUUGGCUGGUUAUAGAGCGAGCUACCUUUGAAUGUCGCGAACGUUAAUAUUGACGAAUGUGUGGGUCACAUUGAUGCUGUUCGUGCCUGACAAUAUAACGCUUUUUGA